AUGAAUAUUGAAGACGAAGACAUUGAAGACCAGCCGCAGUCGCUCGAACUGAAGCGACACCGUAGUCGGCUAAGCAGCAAGCGAACAAGAGAGAAGGAAAGAUCAAUAAUGGAAGACUUGGAAAAAAAGCGCAGUCGACUAUACAUCUCGAACACUGCCCUAGAGUAUCACAACAAAGAUCUUCGGGAAGCAAUUCAAAACAUCAAGAAUCUGACGUCGUAUGCCUCAUCUUCAACAAGUUCUGCAUCGACUCCGGCGAGUGAGAAUUCAAACUGUGGAUUCCCACAACAGAACAACCAUGAACAAUACAACAACCAAAUCGGGAUCGCAGCAGCACCUCAGCAGCUGCAAAACAACCCAAACCCUGUAUUACCACAACAGCAACUCCCGCAGAUGGUUCCUCGAGCACUACCACCAAAUUUGAACACAUUUGUUGCUCAAACCAAUCCACUUCUCCCUUCAGCAGCCGCUUUGGAUGCUAGGAUACUUCAAUCACUCCAGCAGCAAGCGUCUCUGCAGAGUGCGUUGCAGCAGGCUGGAAUGAACCGAGGGAUGGUGGCUGGCUCAAUACCUUUUCCCGUAUCAUCACAAGUUCAGCAACAGCCAGUAAAUUUGGCCGCUGCUGUAGCCCUAUUUCAACAACAGCAACAGCAGCAGCAGUUGCCACUGGAACAACAAGGCGCUCCUCGAGACGAUGGCAGAUCAUACUGUGAGCAGAGGUAA